AAAAAAAAGUUUUUUGAAUCUUAUUUUAAAUGUAUUCCUGUCAGUAUUUUAAAAAGAGUAAAAUAAAUGGAUGACUUAAAUCUUGGCUUAAGAUACUUGGAACAAAGGAUUUGGCUCGAGAAGCGCAUGGCGAGGAUGGAGAAGGUUCUGAGCCACCAGAUUGACUACAGGCUCUCCUGCUUAAAAUCUGAGUGGAGGUUAGAGGAGGAAAUAAGGAGGCUGAAUCCACUUUAUGGAGAAAGAAUAAAAAAGACAGAGAGUAGAGAGAAUGAUCACGUUACAGAUGAGGAUAAAACACAUAAAGGGUUAAGAAAAUGGAAGGAGAAUCAAGAUAAAGAACUGAAACAGAUUUCAGAGAUGAUUCAGAGAGAGAGAAAGAUGCAUGAAGAGGAGAAGAAGAAGCUAAUGAGCGCUCUAGAGCUGAGAAUGCAGGACAUCAGGAAUGAGGAGAAGCAUAUUGAAAAGCAGAAAGAGGAGUGCCUGGAGAUGUUGGAGAAGAUAAAAAUACACGAAAGAGAAAGACACCAAAUGGGGACAGAAAAAAGGGAGGUAAAAAGAGAAAGGGAGAGACUUGAAGGUCUGCUAGUUCAUGAAAGAUACCUUAAACAUCAGGAACAAGAACUCGCUAAGCAAAGGGAAAUGAUUGCUUCCGAGAAGGAGGAACUUGAAGAGAUGGAGUUCGGGAAAGAGCAGAUAAUAGAGAGGUUGAAAAAUAUCGAAACAAUGGAGAGAAAACUCAUGAAGGAGAAACAAAAAGUAGCAAAGCACUGCGAGUUGGUCGCUUUUGAGAAGCAGAAGCUCUCUGAGAGAGAGCAGGAAAUAAAGCUCUUGGAGGAGCUUCAGGAAACAUGGAGGAAAGAGGAAGCCAAAAAGAUUAACAAGCUAAAGAAAGAGGAAGAGAAACUAUUGGAGGGACAGUCAACACUUGAGAAUGAGUGGAGAGAAUUUAAUAAAAUAACACUGAAGAAAUAUGAAGAAUGGAAGGCCAUCAAAGAGGAAAGAUGGGACCUCGACAGAGCGUUGCAUGCUUUUGAAGAAGAGAAGAAAAAGAUGCAGAAUUUUUUAAAAAAGAAGGAGCAAAAGAUUGCGAAAAAAGAGAAACUUUUGGCACUGAAAAGGCAGAAGAUAGAGGAUCAGAGAGCCCACGAUAGCUGUAAAAAGAAGGGGGCACCAAGAGCAAGUGAGAACGACAAGAAUGAGUGGGAGAUAAUGGAGAAGACAAUUAGAGAGAAAAAGAGAAAAAAGGAUGAGAAAAGGCAGUUGAGGGAGAGGAUUGAGGAGCAAAGGAAGCAGAAAGAGGCAGAGAUAAAACAAAGAAAAGUGAAUGAGAAAAGACAGAAAGUGGAAAAUAUUGAGAGAGAUAAAAAACAAGAAUAUGCAGAUGAAGUAUUCACAACUGAGUGCACAAAACAAAAAAAACAUGUCCGGUUUCUUGAGUAAAAAGGUGAAACAGCCUGAUCUUUGGGGUGAAUUCUCCUGCCAUGUGUUCAGUGGUGCUGGGAGACAGGGGAAGAAAAUCUGAAUGAAAUCCCAUGCAAACAAGGAGAGAGCAUGCAUAUCUCCACAGGAUUGAACUGUAAACCUGGGAACUGUGAAGUGGCAGUGCCACCCUCUGAACCAUCCUGCAUACUACAUUUUAUCUGAAAUGUCUAUAGAAAAAAAGCUAGUGUACUAAAAAUGCCAUUUCACAGAAAC